AUGUGGGUGGGGGUCCAUGAGGCCGAGCUCUAUGGGGCCGAGCUCUAUGGGGCCAAAUUCCAUGGGGCUGAGCUCUAUGGGGCUGAGCUCUAUGGUGCCGAACUCCAUGGGGCUGAGCUCUAUGGGGCUGAGCUCUAUGGGGCUGAGCUCUAUGGAGUCAAACUUCAUGGGGCUGAGCUCUAUGGAGCCAAACUUGAUGAUACCAAACUCUAUGGGGCUGAGCUAUAUGGGGCCAAACUCUAUGGGGCUGAGCUCUAUGGGGCCAAAUUCCAUGGGGCUGAGCUCUAUGGUGCCGAACUCCAUGGGGCUGAGCUCUAUGGGGCCAAACUCUAUGGGGCUGAGCUCUAUGGGGCCAAAUUCCAUGCGGCUGAGCUCUAUGGUGCCGAACUCCAUGGGGCUGAGCUCUAUGGGGCUGAGCUCUAUGGGGCUGAGCUCUAUGGAGUCAAACUUCAUGGGGCUGAGCUCUAUGGAGCCAAACUUGAUGAUACCAAACUCUAUGGGGCUGAGCUAUAUGGGGCCAAACUCUAUGGGGCUGAGCUCUAUGGGGCCAAAUUCCAUGGGGCUGAGCUCUAUGGUGCUGAACUCCAUGGGGCUGAACUCAGUGGGGCUGAGCUCUAUGGGGCCAAACUCCAUGGGGCUGAGCUUUAUGGGGCCGAGGUCUAUGGGGCUGAACUCUAUGGCGCCAAACUCUCUGGGGCCGAUCUCUCUGGGGCCGAGCUCUAUGGGGCUGAGCUCUAUGGGGCUGAGCUCUAUGGGGCUGAGCUCUCUGGAGCCAAUCUCUCUGGGGCCGAGCUCUAUGGGGCCGAUCUCUCUAUGGGGCUGAGCUCUAUG